UUAUUUUAAAAAAGUAGAAAAUGGAAGAAAAAAAUGAUAAGUGGAUAAAGCAAACCCAAAUGAAAAUUAUGAAUAAUAUCUAUUCAGAUUGCAUAAAACAUGAUAACAUCGUGAAAAAUGUCACAGCAAAUCCAGAAUAUCAAAAUAACGAUGGCAUCGAUGAAUGCAUAAAUAAUAAAAUCGAAAAUGAUUAUGAGCUUGCAGAGGCAAAUAAUGCUGUUAAAUACACCGAAUACUUUGUGAAGCGUAUAAAGCAUAUUGUCGAUCAAAAUUCUGCGAAACCGAAAGAUUUUGACAAAUGGACGAUCAAAGAACAAUACGAGCAUAUAGUAAAUAACAUAGAAAUAUAUAUCCCGAGUAUACCGGACUCCUUGUUAUUUUUCAUACCGGCCGCUCUGUAUCGAGGAGAUUGCGGUCGAAAUUCGAUGGACAAGCCGCUCUGGUUGAACAUGGAAAAAUUCCAGAGGGGUCAAAAGUUCGCCCAAGAUCAUAUUUUCUCGAUUUUUUUCGCUAACAUGCUCUCGCUUUUCGAGAUAUUCGCUUUUGCAGAUGGUCUUAAACCAAUGAUUUUCAGUCGACAGUCUCACACACCGUAUUUAGCGUUCCAGAGGUACUUGUCCACGGGUCGCCGUGUAACAAAUUGGAUGACGGAAGAUCCCUGGACUGCGGGUACGAAAGCUCAUAAAGACAUAGAAACUGUGCGUAGAAUGCACCGUGCGGUGCGAAAGAAACUCUGCCAGUACGAAAAUGAAGAGAUCGAUGUGGCCACUAAAAUUCAGAAACCGUGGUGUCCGGAUAGAGACAUGAUUUUAGAAGACUUUUCUUUCUGUCCAUAUCCAACCGUAGAAAAAGGUUGUAUCAAUCUACUGAUCACACCCAAAGGAUUAAAUCAAGCUGAUAUGGCAGCCACGCAAUUCGCAUUCGUCGGAAUGGUUCUGCUGUACCCUCAGGAAUUAGGUAUUCACGCCAGCGAUGAAGACAUGGAAGCUUUUUGCCAUACAUGGAGAUGUAUAGGAUAUCUUCUUGGUAUGGAAGACCAAUACAAUUUCUGCCGCGGCAGUUUGGAGGAAGUUAAGCAAAGAUCGCGCGACUUCAUCGAAGUUUGGGUGAAACCCUACUUGCGGCAAGUAACGCCCGAAUGGGAACACAUGUUGAGAUGCAUCGUAGAAGGUGGAAGAUAUUAUAUUGGUAACCUUACAUUCAAAAUGUUCAUACUGUGCGUCACUAGUUUAUUGAACAUCGAUAUGCCGCAUUUGCGAAGUACGCUCACUUUUUCUGAACGGUUUAAGCUUAUACUUCAUCGCUUUAUAUUUCGCUAUGCCAUGAAGUUACGAUUCGUACGACAGAUUUUAAACAAAAUAAUUCAUAAGGCAUUCAAUACAGCAAUAAAUUUUGGACCGGAAAAACAUCAAAAGUUACAAAAGUUAUCUCAACAAGUUUUAGACAAAGUCCGGUAGCCUCUGUACAGUACAAAUUAUGUCUUAUUUGUAUAUUAACUGAUAUUAACAUAUUCACAAAUUAUCUUUUGUUAAAUAAAUUGUUCUUGUUUAAGGCUUUUAGAUUUCAAGGUAAAAUUUUUUUAAAAGCAUGUAAAAAAACGACUGAAGACACCUAUCUGCUCCCGAACAUCAAUAAAAUCUUUAAUUUUAUUAGUCAACACAUGAUAUUUCUCAACUUUUUAUUUAGUCUCGGGUUUCCAUUAAAUUAAUAUGAGCCAGAAAAAUAUUUGAAAGGCAGCCUUUUCAACACCUGAUAGAGUAUGUCUUUUGGAUUAAAGAAUGCGCCUCCAACUUUCCAACGCAUGAUAAACAAGGGAUUAAAAGAUCCAGUAGGAAAUAACUGUUUUGUAUAUACUCCCGAUAUAAUUGUUUACGGAAAGACAAUCAAAGAACAUAAUAAAAAUUUGAGAAUAAUGUUUGAAAGACUUCGAUAGGUUGAAUUAAAGCCGGACAUGUGCGAAUAAUUAAGACUCGAGCUAGAAUAUUUAGGACACGUAAUCUAAAAAAACGGAAUAGUUUAAACUUUAAGAUAUAAAAAUAGAUUAAAAAGCCUAAUUGUUUACCAAUACAUAACCCGAUAACUUAUCAAUAUCUUGUGUAACCAAUCGCUAACUUGAGAUAUCCUAAAAACACUUCUGGCAAACUAAACGCCAAAAAGAAACGCAGUAUAUCUAGGAAAGUACAAUUAGCCUUAUGAAAAUAGCAUUUCGGGACAGUAUCGACAAUCCCCCGAAGACCAAGUUUCGUGCAACGUAUAUUUGUAAAAGUGUUUAAAAGUGUAAAAUUUUGUAAAAAUAAAGUUUUUACUGUUGACUGUA